UCAUCGGAAUUUAUGCAUUUUCAAUAAAAACCUCUGUUAAGCGAGCCGGACAUAAAAUUGAUGUGAAAUUAUUUUCUCUCGAGGUGCAAUGCGAGCGAAAUGUUGCAUUUUCUGCUGAUUUUAAUAUGUUUUCGAUCGCUUGCGGCGGAUAAGGAUUCAGAUGACAGCGGCGAUUCAGGAAUGGGUUUAAUAACUUCUUUAAGAAAUGAAGCCAACCUAGAUCUUUCGGUAGACGAAGAAUACGAAGAUUUACGCGCGGAAUUGCUAGCUUAUCACAGCGCGCUCGCUUCGCUUGCCCCGUCUCGAAGAUCAAUGAUCUCCACAUCGUGCUGGCGUCACGGCGGCAUUUGCAUUAGUUAUAAGCUUUGCCCCGGCUACCGACAACUAACUGAAGUCCCAGGAUGUAAAAACAGAUUCAAUGUAUGCUGUUUCGUUUGGAAUAAAUAUGAAGUAAGGGAUUUAAAGGAUAAAGGGAUCGGCAAUAUUGCUUUCCCUUGGAGUCAGAAACAAGAGUACGGAGGAGAGGGCGUUGUACAAGUAACGCCUAAAACUCGUAAAAAACGAAAGAAGGAAAACGCUACGAAUACAGAUACAUCUAAAACGAAACUCUCUGUAAUAAAUAUAAUUGAAUAGUA